AUGGCGUGGGCUCUGAAGUUGCCUCUCUCAGACGAAGUGAUUGAGUCUGGACUGGUCCAGGACUUUGAUGCCAGCCUGUCGGGCAUUGGUCAGGAACUCGGUGCCGGGGCAUACAGCAUGAGCGACGUACUUGCACUGCCAAUCUUCAAACAGGAAGAAUCCAACUUGCCUCCAGAUACCGACAACGAAAUCCCUCCCUUCCAGUAUGUUCUGUGUGCUGCUACCUCGCCAGCUGUUAAACUGCAUGAUGAAACACUCACCUACCUCAAUCAAGGGCAGUCCUAUGAAAUUAUCAUGCUUGAUAAUCGGAAAAUUGGUGAACUUCCAGAAAUAUCUGGUAAAAUGGUCAAGAGCAUUAUUCGUGUGGUGUUUCACGACCGCCGACUUCAGUACACAGAGCAUCAGCAGCUGGAAGGCUGGCGCUGGAACAGACCCGGGGAUCGCAUUCUGGACCUGGAUAUCCCCAUGUCAGUUGGCAUUAUCGACCCUCGGGCUAACCCUACUCAGCUUAACACUGUGGAGUUCCUUUGGGAACCGUCUAAAAGAACCUCUGUUUUUAUCCAGGUUCACUGCAUCAGCACAGAAUUUACCAUGCGCAAGCACGGCGGGGAAAAAGGGGUUCCCUUCCGGAUCCAGAUCGACACAUUCAAAGAGAACGAGAGCAACGAGUACACCGAGCACCUCCAUUCCGCUUCCUGCCAGGUCAAAGUUUUCAAGCCUAAAGGUGCGGACAGAAAGCAGAAGACAGACAGGGAGAAGAUGGAGAAGAGAGCGCCACAAGAGAAAGAAAAAUAUCAGCCAUCUUAUGAAACCACAAUCCUCACAGAGUGUUCCCCCUGGCCAGAGGUCCCCUACGUCAAUAACUCUCCAUCACCUGGCUUCAGCAGCACACAAAACAGCUUCCCAGUUGUAGAAGGAAACGGAUCACCAAUCCACCAGCCUGAGCCUGUGGUUCAAGUAGUUGAUGUAAGUACACGCAGCACCCCUCUAAAGAAUUUGUUGCCUGCAGCGACGCCACAAGAUGCACAGCAGUGGCUUCUCAGAAACCGCUUCUCGCCAUUCUCUCGACUCUUCACCAACUUCUCAGGAGCUGAUCUAUUGAAGCUGACCAGGGAGGAUGUCAUUCAAAUCUGUGGCCCAGCAGACGGCAUACGACUAUUCAAUGCACUAAAAGGACGGGUGGUCCGUCCAAGGUUAACCAUCUACGUGUGCCAGGAGUCGCAGCAGGCACGCGACCAGCAGACUAAACAUGAGAACGGAGAUGCUGCAAAUAACACUUUUUUUAUAUAUCAUGCCAUUUACCUGGAGGAGCUGACUGCGAUAGAGUUGACUGAAAAAAUUGCCCAACUCUUCAACAUCUCACCUCGACAGAUCAACCAGAUCUUCAAACAGGGUCCCACUGGCAUCCACGUGCUGGUCAGUGAUGAGAUGAUUCAAAACUUCCAGGAUGAAGUUUGUUUUGUUCUGGACACGAUGAAAGAUGACUCAAAUGAUGGCUACCACAUCAUCCUUAAGUGA